AUUUCCUUGUGUCUUUCUUUCAGGCCGUGAAACUGGAGUCGGUGCAUCCAGGAAGGACGCGAUAUCUCGUCGUCGUUUCCUGCACGGGAAGGCAGGACGCCGAGGAGAGUUGCCUCCUCGGUAUCGAUUGCCAUGCCAGGGCGACCGUUGGUCUUGUUCUCCGAGUUUUGGCCGACACCGCUAUCACUCUCGACGGCGAUGGGGGUUUCAAGGUCAGCGUUUGCGGCCGUCAACACAUCUUCAAGCCAGUGUCCGUUCAGGCCAUGUGGUCGGCCUUGCAGACGUUGCACAAGGUGUCCGGUAAGGCACGCGAACAAAACUAUUUUCUAGGUGGACUGUCGCAUGACUGGGUCAGCUACUAUGAACAACGAAUCGAGAGCGAUCGGUCGUGCCUCAAUGAGUGGCAUGCCAUGGACAAUCUGGAGUCCAAGAGACCGCCGUCGCCGGACAGCGUACGCACCAAGCCCAGGGAGAGAGAAGAGACCGAGCGCGUGAUUCGAUCGACGUUAAAGGAGAUCAUGAUGUCCGUGGACCUUGAUGAAGUUACUUCCAAAUAUAUUAGAGGUCGACUUGAAGAGGAUCUCGACAUGGAUCUCGGGGAAUUCAAACCGUUCAUCGAUCAAGAGAUGCUCACCAUACUGGGGCAAAUGGAUGCGCCAACUGAGAUAUUCGAUCACGUUUAUCUCGGGAGCGAGUGGAACGCUAGCAAUCUAGAGGAACUCCAGAAAAAUGGUGUAAGACACAUCCUGAAUGUCACUCGGGAAAUUGACAAUUUUUUUCCGGGCAUGUUUACGUAUCUGAACGUACGUGUGUAUGACGAUGAGAAGACGGACUUGCUGAAGCACUGGGAUAACACAUUCAAGUAUAUUACUAAAGCCAAAAUGGAGGGCUCUAAGGUGUUGGUGCAUUGCAAGAUGGGAGUGUCCCGUUCUGCUUCCGUGGUAAUAGCUUACGCGAUGAAGGCUUACAACUGGGAUUUUUCCCAGGCGUGGAAACACGUCAAGGAGAAGCGCAACUGCAUCAAGCCUAACAACAGUUUCCUCCUGCAACUGGAAACGUAUCAGGGUAUUUUGGACGCGAUGAAGAACAAGGAGAAACUCCAGAGAUCCAAGUCUGACACGAAUUUGAAAUCUCCUACGUCCGCAAAGGAUCAAUCAAAAAAGGAAGAGAAAUCAGAUAAUAUAGAGAAUAAUAUACGGGAGGUUUCGGGGUCAGAGUUGAAGAAAACUAGCCAAAGACCAAAGAGUUGGUCGCCGAAUGUUAAAGUCGCUGAGAAUAUGUUACCUUCCGUUCCUUUGUCGCAGUCGUUGGAAAGUAUCGAUAAAGCAGGAAAUACGGAAGUGACUCGAGAGGAUCUUCUUCGUGGCUCGAAUCAAAAACCGGCAAUAGAACAGGAAGCUCGCAACGUUCUAAUGCCCUGCGACAACGGGCAAUCUUAUAGCGUGUCGCAGAACAAAAUAAUGCACUUACCCGCUCCAACUCCUGGCACACCUAGCGUAAAGAAUAGGAUUAGUAAGUUAGAAACUCAGGGACAGAAGAGGAAGGGCUUGGUACUCAAUUUAACCAAUCAAUUUGAAGCUGCCAGCAGUAAACCGUCAUCGCCGGGAUCCGAUACGGACGCAAGAUCUCUGCCUCAGAGUUUGAUUGCGGAGGAUAACGCGAAGCCGAUUGAGAACGGUCAUUCGCAUUGCGAGCAGUCGCAGGAAACGCGAGAUACCACGGCUACCGUCUCGAGCGGGAAGGAAAUUUGGGAUCCCGGUGAGGAGCAGAGGGAGAGGAGAAAGGAGACGAGCCAGAAGUCCACCGAGAUCAACGAUAAUAGUGACUGUCUAGUCUGGACUGCAUCCACGGAUGCAACGUGUGCUGAUUUGUGUGAUGACAAUAAAACUGACAGAGGUGUGAGUGUGGAGAGUGAGUGUAUCGCGAGUGUGACAGCGGAUACGACGAUUACGACGUUGAUUACGACGACAACGGCGACGACGGCAUCGUCAUUGACGUGUCACGAUGUUCUGGGAAAGAAAGCGAAAAAGGACGGCGAUCCGUUCAGCGCCCAGUUAGAUCGAGUGUUUGAUCGCGAGGAAAGACGGGGUGAGCCCGUCACAAGGGAAUCUCCGAGUCGGCAAAGUUCCUGGAGUAGUUAUGAUAGUGCGGUGGUUCUCGACAACAAUUCGGUGCACAGCUCGUGGGCCACCUUACCAUCGAGGAACAGUUCCUGGGGCUCUUACGACAUGCGGCCGUCCGAUCUGCUCGGUUCCAGCGGCCUGUUCCCGUACGACAAGGAGGAAAUCCCGUGGCAUCCGGGAACUGUAAAGCGUACGAAACAGAAACUGGAGGAGGGCACAACCGCAGGCGAGGUGAAGCGCGUGUGCACGCAGAGCUCGACAGCCGCGGAUGACAAAAGCGACAGGCUGACUACUGAAGUGGACACGGCUGCGGUCGAGACGUACAAUCCGAUGUUGUUGCAUCACAUGCCAUCGCCGACGCCGCGAAGGAGGGACUCCUCGUCGCCUACUCAAGAACAUAAUCUUAAAGUAGAAACAAAUAGAAAUUCGCCAAGUCCGGUAGGCAGCAUCGACAUCUCGCUUACGUCCAUGCGCCAGAUCGGAAGACUAUCCACGAGCGCUCCCGCGCCGUCCUCCCUGUCCUCCGAGUCCGAUCUACCUCUCUCUCUAAGAUCCUGCAGAUCGGAAAGCGAGACGUCUAGUCCGUGCGUCGUCAACACUACUCAGUGUCCUUCCGUAAAACAUCACAAAAUGGUUUUGGAAAAUCUCUGCAACAAGUCCGUGUUCAGCAAACGCUGUCUCUCCGUGGAUGACUCGCCGGAAGCGGAAUGUCCGCGUAGCACGUCUGGUAUUGUAAAAAAUCUGAAGAAAGAAUUCGAGGCGAAGUCCACCAAGCUGGAGAGGAGUCCCGAGAACGCGUGCGAAGGCGAUAACGCGUCGCUGACCGCGCGAUCCAAGAGGGACGUAAAGAUCAGAAGUUUGCCCUCGUCGCCGGUGAUACCGCACAACGAGUCCAAGAUCCAGUCGUCGUCUAGCGUUGGCGAAACCAAAGACAACAAGCGUGGCAGGAGGAGCGAGACAACGCCACCGUCGUCGCAGGACAACCCGGAAGAUCUCUCCGUCAGGGUAUUGGUGGGGAAGUACGAGGUUGCCAGGCCGGAGUCCAGAAAGAGCUUGGACGUGCAGUUGCGCGCGCACAAAGAUAAGGAUUGGGACGCCAUGGAGGUGCAUCCGCCGGCGAAAUCGAAGAUCGCGCCCGAGUUUUCAAGAAGAUCGGCCCCGAUCAUGAUCAACAAUCACUCCGCGCCUCUAUUCAAUGAGGUGCCGGAAGCUCCCGGCAGGCCGCCGGCGGUACCUUCGCCCAGCGUGGUCAUGGCUAGCGUGGUGGCGAAAGCAGCUAGCAAGAAACAACAGCAGCACGGCAGAACCCAUCCUCUCGCUAGGCUGCAGGUCAGGCCUAGGCACAGUAGUCCCGUUUACAACACCAUGUAAUGCGGAGGCGAUGCUCCUUACUUUGUUUUCGCUCGCGGUUUCUCUUAAGCGCAACGCGAGCGCAGCGCAUCUAAUCUGGAGAGUACUCAUGCGAUCACGUGAGUACGUCGCCGUGACGAUGAAAUCGUGUGAUCUCUUCAUGUUGGCGAUGAAGAUUGGGUUUUCGGAGCCAAGAUCGCGCCUGUUGUUCUAACUAUUCUUCGUCAUUCUUUCUUCUUUGUCGUUGCAAUCGCUGCAAUCGCUCUCGUACAACCGUGAUUCUGUUCUUCUUUUCAGAGAAGAAUGAUUUUCUUUUCGAUAAUGUAUCUUAUUAUUUAUAAGCCGAUAAUCUCGCGUGAGCUUUCGGAUCUUUUUACUGCGAAACAACGACAGGCGCUUUAUGUUCCUUUUCCGUCAACGUGUAUCUUGGCUUAACGUUAGUUCAAUUAUUUUAAGCUGGAAAUGCAACAAUUACGAGGCUGCGCGUCGAGAAGGGGGUCAACGUAAUUUCAGGAAGGGAUAAUUGCGUCGCUAUCCUACGUCACUUCGUAAGUUAGUGGGCUCGGAAUCAAACAUGCGUUAAGUGUGAAAAGUGAUCGCGGAUAUUACGCGCGAGUGAUUUAACGUGAAGCGCGGCGCGAAAGUUUUCGUCCGCAAGGCGAGAAAAAAAAGAACCGAGCGCUCAGUCACAGGCUGUGAAUGUAAGGUCUGAGCCUCGGGCGCACGCUGACCUUUCUUCUGCUUCGCUUUCUUGAUCUUUUCUUUGUUUUUUUUUUCUUUUCGUCGAUACGACAUUACCGCGUAAGACGAUAAAAAUCUCCGAUCUUCGAAGCGACUUUGUCGAUUUUGUCGUAACGUGUACGGAACGGAAAAAGUUGUAUGACGAGACCUCGAGAUAAUGUAACAUUAAGCCACACUAUUAGUAAUUUAUAGGUGAUAAUGUGAUGUAGAGUGAUGUACAGUGUGCGAGAACACGAUGUAGCGAAGUGUGUUUUCUGUUGAGCGACUGUUUUUCGGAAGUAUGAGUGCGUACAGAAGGGGGUACCGAAAUUCACGAGCUUCUAAUCGUUUCCGAAACCCCGAAAGUGAUCUUCUCCCUGAUCUUGUGCGUCAUACGGCCAUAUUUUGCAUGAGCAUGACAGUCCAAUGCAAAAUUAGUCAGUUGAAGAUAGUAACGUCGUAACAAGUGAAUUAGACUUCUCUUAAAUUGUAGGAUAAAAAUAAUUUAAUAUUAUACGUAUCUCUUACCCAGAAACGUGUGAUAGAUGCCGCAACAACAAUUUCGAUUUUAACGAAUCAGAUCUUGUUAGAUUCUCAUCGAGCUUGAGACCUGCCGCCUCCUAUUUACGACAUACGGUUAUAUGGAUUGCAUCUCUCUGCUAUUUGCGAUCCAGGAGAGCCUCGUAGCGUUGAAACGACCGUUGUUCUCGCGAAUCUAGGUACCUCUCUUACUCAUUUAUUGUUAUUAACUUGCUCUUUGUACUCCUACUACUAUAGAUUGUCUUUAUCUCAAUUAAUUCAGAUCGGUUGAUCGUGUAACGCUUUUCAACGGCUGACGAUGCAGCGAUGAUAGUGCAUCAGGAAGUCCCGCCGUGAACUCGCGUAAGUCGAGACGGUAUGACGAAAUAGCGUGGAAGGAUAUGUUGAUCCUCAUGAGUGCAUACGCGUACUUCUCCAUUGAUCGACCCUAGAGCACAUUGUAUCUAAGUGUCAAUAUUUUUUUAAACACAUAUCACCGACUCAUCAUUAAUUUUGUAAAUCGCGCGCGUUCCCAUACGCGCGUCGCGGGAUUUAGUUAGACAAAAAAAAAAGAAACGAAGGAAACCCGAUUUAACCGCGCAAAUUUAUGACGACCAAUUUUAUACUCUGAUGUACUCUGACGAAUGCGACCGCUGCUAAAAGGCGCUUCGCAAGCGCGUCGCGAUUAUCGUGUAUAAAUAUAUUUUAUUACAAACACGUUUCUCAAACCAAAUUAGGCUCGUUGAUCGUUUAGAUUGUAGAUGCGGGCGAAAGAUGUCCUGGAAUAUAGUAGUUUCCCAAAUAGUCUGUUGGAUCGCACCUAGAGAUUAACUAUUAUCUACUUAUACAGAUUAAGUACAAUUGGAUGCGAUUUAGGAGGAGGAGGAUCUGUUUUUUUUUUUCUCUGCGAUGUCUCGCCGCCGGAGGUGACUCGUCCCCUCUUUUUAAGCGCAAGAGUUGCGAGGAGCGAAGUUUCAAAGUCUCGAAAUGUUGCCCGACGUAAUCGUCGAGUUUGGAGUAUAUACUUGAAUGCACAAGAUAUCCACUGGAUUCCCGUAUGGAAUUCCGAUGUGGCUCGGUUACCCGAUCACGCUAAUCGCCGCAAAAGUAUUACGAAACAGGACGUGUCGUCUACGGCGCGAGUACUGAGAAAAGAAAAAGAAAAGGAGAAAAAAAAUGCGAUGCGCUUUCUGCUCUCUCACCGUGUUUGUGUGCGCGAGCAAUCUUUUCUUUUUCUACCACGUAUCGCUUGUCAACCGAUGGAUUUGCUCGUGUCAAGUAAGUUUGUAUUGUCACAAAUCGAUGUGCUCAGUUUUAGUGAUUGUCCCACGAUGUCCCCUAAUGCCCCUGUUCCUUCAACCUGUUCGCUCCAAAUCCGCCCCUCGCCUCUUAAGUCUUGCUUAAGUGUGUGCGUUCGCUCGAUACGAGAACUUGCUGUCAUAUGAGAAAUGAUGAUAAAACCGUACGUUGUUCUGUAUAAAUUUUGUACUAUAGUUUGUAUUAAUAAAAUACAUUGUUUAUUGCUUGA